AUGUAUUCCUUCUCCACCAAGCUCGCCACUGCCAGUCCGCAGUCCAUCAACACCAACCGUCGCCUGUCUGGCAAGCUCAAUAAGGGCUUCACACCAAAGAAUGGCUCCACAAAACUCGUAGUCAAGACAUUAAAGCCACAGCCAGCUUGGGAUGCAAACAAAUACUUUGACGAAACAUGGGCACAGCUGGAUCAGGCCUUGAACGUCAUCUUUACACAAACUCCCGUCAACUUCUCUAUGGAAGAACUAUACCGCGGUGUGGAGAACUUGUGUCGUCAAAAAAGAGCAGACGAGGUCUACGCUAGACUGAGCAACAGAUGCAAGCAAUAUGUGAGGGGCACCAUGAAGACAUCGUUACUGUCCAAGCAAAGACAGUCUAACGUUCAGGUUCUGGAUGACGUUCUCAAUGCUUGGACUACCUGGAACCAGCAAAUGCACACCAUUCGAUGCAUUUUCUACUACAUGGAUCGUUCAUACCUUCUCCAAACUUCACGAGGUUCCCUGCAGGACGUCACUAUCAAAAUCUUCCGCGACAACAUCUUCGAAGAUGCCACCCUCAAGCCUGGCAUAAUUGAUGGCGCCUGUGACUUGAUAUCUGCCGACAGAGAUGGCAAGGAUCUGGAACGAAGUCAUCUCAGACAAGCCAUCUCCAUGUUCCACGACCUCACUACCUACUCUACCUCGUUUGAACCUCGCAUGCUCGCCUUUGCUCAACAAUACGUCGUGCGAUGGGCUGAUGAGAAGAGUGCCGAGCAGCCACUUCCCGAAUAUGUCAACAAUGCCGUCAACUUCAUGACAAAGGAGAUUGAUCGUUGUGAAUUCUUCGGCUUGGAUCAAAGUACUCGACGGGACUUGUUGGCUUUGCUGGAAGAACACAUCAUCGAAAACAAGGUCGAUUACUUGACGAAUCAGGACAGUGUUGCAGACCUUCUGGAUGACUAUGCUGUCAAGGACCUGGAACAACUACACUCAUUGCUGCAGAGACGUCGACUUGGCUCAAAGAUUCGACCUGCGUUUGAGCGUUGGAUUGAUGAUACCGGUACACAGAUUGUGUUCGACGACAAGAACGAUGCGCAGAUGGUCGUGCGCUUAUUAUCGCUCAAGACCCGUCUGGACAACAUCUGGCGCACUUCCUUCCACCGUGACGAGGAGCUUGGUCAUGCUUUACGUGAAUCCUUCGAGACUUUCAUUAACAAGACCAAGAAGUCUGCUGCAACACAUGGUACAGAUAACUCCAAGACAGGAGAGAUGAUUGCCAAGUAUGUUGAUCAACUGCUACGUGGAGGUGCCAAAGCCAUUCCGACAGACCUUACUCUACAUGCUCGAGACAAUGCUGGAAAGGAAGAAUAUGACGAUAACGAGGCCAUGGAUGAAGACAGUGAAGUCAAUGCACAACUUGAUCAGGUCCUGGAUCUUUUUAGAUUCGUUCAUGGCAAGGCUGUGUUUGAAGCAUUCUACAAGAAGGAUCUUGCACGUCGUCUACUCAUGGGUCGUUCAGCGAGUGCAGAUGCCGAGCGAAGUAUGCUCGCCCGUCUCAAGACUGAAUGUGGUGCAGAGUUUACACACAACCUGGAGCAAAUGUUCAAGGAUGUCGAACUCGCUCGUGAGGAAAUGUCUUCGUACAAAUCACGGAUGGAAGAACGGGAAGAAAGACCCAAGAUUGAUCUCAACGUGAACGUUCUCUCGGCGGCAGCUUGGCCUACUUACCCAGCUGUACCUGUUAUUAUCCCUGCAGACAUCCAGGCGGCUAUUGAUGAAUAUGAGCGCCACUACAAGUCUAAGCACAGUGGCCGAAAGCUUGAUUGGAAACAUUCGCUCGCACAUUGUCAGAUGAAAGCCAAGUUCUCCAAGGGUACAAAAGAGUUGGUGGUUUCAUCCUUCCAAGCCAUCAUUUUGUUGCUGUUCAACAACGUCGAGCCAUCUGAACAUUUGACUUACGAUUUCAUCAAGUCAGAGUCAGGACUUCCAGAAGCAGAAGUGAACCGAACUCUUCAGUCUCUGGCUUGUGCGAAGCUUCGUCCACUGCAAAAACACCCCAAAGGCAGAGAAAUCUCACCAACAGAUACAUUCACAGUCGACCCAAGCUUCUGGCACGACAAAUACCGAGUCAAGAUCAACCAGGUGCAACUCAAAGAGACAAAGGAAGAGAAUAAGGAGACACACGAACGUGUUGCCGAGGACAGAAACUUUGAGUGCCAGGCUGCUGUGGUCCGAGUCAUGAAGGCGAGAAAGACGAUUGGUCAUUCUGAGUUGAUUGCAGAAGUGAUCAAGGCAACGAGGAGCAGAGGCGUGUUGGAUGUCAAGGACAUCAAGAAGAACAUCGACAGGCUGAUCGAGAAGGACUACAUGGAGCGUGAGGAGGGCAACACGUACAGCUACAUUGCUUAG